AUGCGCAUCUUUAGCGAGGACCACAUCGUGUGCGGUACUAGAAGCGGUCAGGGGAGUCCAUUUAUGACCCGCUUCGAUCAGACCGCUUCUGAUACAGACCACUCAGGGCCAUGUGAUCAAAGGGAGGAUUGUGGCUUGGGUGUGGAAGAGACUCUUAUCAUACAACCCCACACACCCGUACAUAUCCCCCCACCCACGUCCACCCCCAUAGAUUCCCCCCCAGAAACCCAAACCCCCCAUGGCCCAGCCAACCAGCCAGCCACCGAUAAACUUGUCAAAACCUUCCCAUCUUCAAUCCGCAGCCGCGUUCGCUCCUUCACAGACGCCGAACCGCUCGCUUUCCGAUGGAAGUUCCCUGUCAACAAGCGGUACCGCGUCAAGGACGAAGAGGCCUUUGCAGCACUGCGAGAGAAGAACAUUGAAUGGUAUGUCACCACCGGCCUGCUCAAAGAAGACCAUCUCGGCUUGCAGUGGGCUGCCGGUGACUACACGUAUUUGUUGUACUGGCACCAUGACUGGAUGCCGACUCCAGCUGGUGUGGAUAGCACGUGUAGGGGGCUGCACAUAGCACCAGAAUUCAUUAGAGAGUGGCAGGUAGGGAACUGGGAGAAGCAUUUCGCAGAUGUAGUCUUGGAAGAUCGACCCGCGACGCCGUUUGUUGAUCAGUCUGAUUCGAGCAUUGCACCGCUGUUUCUUUGGAAGGGAAGUGCACUAAGUAAAUGUCGAGUUCCGCCCCCUCUAUCAUCCGACUCCGAUGCAGGCUCCCCCGUUAGAGGGAAGAGGGUGCGUCUGCAUCGGGAGAAGAGUUACAGGAUCUUGGAGCUUGCCAUGGACGACUCGGGUGUCCCGGUGGAGGAGGAAGGUAAGGUGGUUGAGACCAAGAUCGACGAGACUGCUAUUUUGACGGACAACGAGGGCAAGACAGUGAAGAGUUGGUUGCGUAUGUUAUUAGAGUGA